AUGAAGAUAAGAGUGUACCAAGGGGUUAGUGGCAUCAUCAUCGUCACCAUGGUUACCAGUUUUAUGUUGGUGUACAAUAGCAGCUCUGGCGCCCGAUCGUCUUCCUCAUCGGCAUCGUCGGUAGCAUCGCCCCACCGUUUAGAUGCUCCUCUUCCAUCCACAAAGAAGCCAGAGAAGCUGCAGAGACUCCCACCACCAACACUUGAGGGGUACACAGGUGUCAUGGAUCAGAAGCCUCUGAAGAUGCACUGCCGGACUUGUGCCCUGGUGACCAGCUCUGGCCAGCUAACUGGGAGCAAGAGAGGUGAAGAAAUCGACCGCUCUGAGUGCGUAAUCCGAAUGAAUGAUGCUCCGAGCAUAAACUAUCAGCAGGACGUUGGCCGACGCACAAACCUGCGUGUUGUAGCUCACUCCAGCCUGCAGAGGGUGCUGCGGAGCCGGCAGGAGCUGCUCAACGGGAGCCAAGACACAGUGUUCAUCUUCUGGGGACCCAGCAGCUGCAUGAGACGGGAUGGAAGAGGCCACGUUUACAACAACCUCAGGCUGUUGAACCAGCUUUUGCCCAAACUUAAAGUCUACGUCAUUUCUCGAAUCAAAAUGCUGAAGUUUGAUGAACUAUUUAAAAAGGAAACGGGGAUUGAUAGGAAGAGUUCCAACUCCUGGCUGAGUACUGGCUGGUUCACCAUGGCCAUAGCUGUGGAGCUGUGUGACAGGAUCAACGUGUAUGGCAUGGUAUCACCUGAUUUCUGCAGAUCCUCCUCUCAUCCCUCUCUGCCUUAUCAUUACUAUGAGCCCUCGGGGCCCGACGAGUGCUCCAUGUAUCUCUCCCACGAGAGGAGCCAACGAGGAAGCCACCACCGCUUCAUCACGGAGAAGGCAGUGUUUGCAAACUGGGCUCGAACCCUCAACAUCCACUUUCACCAGCCAGACUGGAAGCCGGCUGCUCUCACCACCAGCAUGAACAGCUCAUACACUCCAGUUCCAGCUGGAUCCUGA